AUGGUAAACAGAGAUCAUGCAGAAAGACUGAGGGUGAAACUAGGAUUUGAGGGUUUAUUUCAUGUAGAUAAUGUGGGACGGAGUGGGGGUUUUGCACUGUUGUGGGGUGUUACAAUUGUGGACUGGAUAGAAGAGCGGUUGGAUAGGGUGGUGGCCAAUGGGGAGUGGAGGGGUCUUCAUGAGGGAGCUCGGGUCUAUUGUUUAGAAACCGAUAUGUUCGAUCAUGCUGCGCUAUUUUUGGAUGUGUAUGAAACUCGAGAGGUGAGGAGACAUAAGGGUUUCAGGUUUGAAAAUGCCUGGUUACUGGACGAGGAAUGUGGAGGGGUGGUGAGGGAGGCCUGGGGUGAAACAGGGAAUAGGAGUUUACAUGAGAAACUAGCCUUGUGUGGGGAGCGUCUGGAGGAUAUGUACUGGAAACAAAGGGCCAAACAGCACUGGCUGAGGGAGGGGGACAGGAACACCAGGUGUUUCCAUCUUUCUGUGUCUAAUAGAAAGAGGAAGAAUCGUUCGCUAAAACUCAGGGAUGGGGAGGGUAGCUGGGUGGAAGGUCAAGAGCUGGAUUCCUUGGUGGUGCGUUAUUAUGAGGGGAUUUUCACAUCUGGGGGUUGCCGUGGUGCCAAUUUUUUUGACAACCUUCGGCUACGUGUGACAGGGGAUAUGAAUAUAGAGCUAUUACGGCCGUUUAGGGCGGAGGAGGAUGUAACUGAAUUUUUCUUGGGAUGCCUCGAAACGGGUCAAUUUCCUUCGGAACUAAACACGACGAACAUUGUUCUCAUUCCGAAAAAGAAGGUCCCCGAGUUGGUUUCUGAUCUCAGACCCAUUGCCUUGUGUAAUGUGGUUUACAAGGUAAUGGCUAAGAUGUUGGCUAACCGGAUGAAGAAUCUGCUCAAACACAUUGUCUCGAAGUCCGAGAGUGCGUUCUUACCGGGGAGGCUGAUUACUGAUAACAUCUUGGUGGCGGCGGAGGUGAGGCACUAUUUACGCAGGAAAACGACGGGGGAGGUUGGGUGGGCAGCAUUGAAGUUAGACAUGGCCAAGGCAUACGACAAAAUGGAGUGGGAGUUUCUCAACCGCAUGUUAUUGGGUUUGGGGUUUGGGGUUUGGGGAGAGUCAAUGGUAAUGUGGUUGGGGAGGUGGUUCCGACGAGGGGGCUCAGGCAGGGUGAUCCUCUUUCACCUUACUUGUUCAUUCUUUGUGUCGAGGGCUUAUCCUUACUGCUACAGCGGGUCCAGGACAGAGGAGGGAUACAUGGUCAGGAAGCGGAGGUGUUUGCGGGAGUAUGAAGAGUUGUCUGGCCAAUCGGUUAACUUUGAAAAAUCCAACAUCAGUUUUAGCCGGAACACGAUGGUUGAAACCAGGACGCAGGUGGCGAAUCUUUUGGGGGUAAAUCAGGCGGAUGAUAUUAGCCGGUACCUGGGGUUACCUUCCGUAGUGGGGAGAAACCGGAGGGCGGUUUUCGCUUACUUUGAGGAGAAGCUUGUCAGCCGGAUCGGUGCAUGGAAUAAAAAAUUCUUGUCCCAGGCGGGAAAAGAGAUUCUCCUAAAAACGGUGGCGCAGGCCAUGCCGUUGUAUGCCAUGUCGUUAUACCCUGCACCACAGAGCACACAGCAUUGUGCGCCUCGCGCCUCUCAAAACGACGUCGUUUUGUUAAGUUGUGUAGGAAGUUGA